UGAGCCAAUGGGCGUCGUCGUAGCGGGUCCACCAACUGCGGUUCCUUAGCAACGCCGUAAAAAAAAACUGCGUUGACGUCCAUUCUCUGCUGGAGAGUAUUAUGGUCUGUCGGGAAUUCAGAGUGGCAGGGACUAGAGGAAAAAAAAAAGCGAGCUAGCAAGCUAACGGUAGGUAGCACUGGAGUAAACAUGGAGCUGUCGGCCGUCGGGGAGAGGGUGUUCGCCGCCGAGUCGAUCAUCAAACGCAGGAUAAGGAAGGGGCGGCUCGAGUACCUUGUGAAAUGGAAGGGCUGGUCUCCUAAGUACAGCACAUGGGAACCGGAGGAAAAUAUUCUGGACUCCCGUCUGUUCGCCGCUUUCGAGGAGAGGGAGCGUGAGAGGGAACUGUUCGGGCCCAAGAAGAGAGGACCGAAACCCAAAACAUUUCUCCUCAAGGCCCAAGUUAAAGAUAGCAGCAGGUCCUAUGAGUUUAGGGACGAGGCAAUGCGAGGGAUGCACAUGAGCUACCCCACAGCAGAGCCGGUGGCCACCCCGAGGGCCAGAGAAGGCCUGAGAGCUGUGGUGCCCACAAUUUUCCCACCCAGCACCGUUAACCGUGGAGAGAGCGUAUUUGUCGGACCACCAGAUCUGACUUACGAGCGGCAAGCCGACGGGCUCGUGCAUUUACCCAAAAAGAGGGGGCCGAAGCCAAAGCUUCGUUUCCAGGAUGACACGUGUGCGGGCUCGGAGGCCGGCAAGAGGAGAGCGGAUGAGCUCCUGAGCCGCAGCCCUGAAAAACUGCAGAAGCUACAGAGUGGCGAAGACGUGCGAAUGGUCAAAGCGUCACAUCACAGACACCCCGAAAACCACGGUCACAGACAUAAACACCACCGGCACCACCGCCACCACCAUCACCACCACCACCCUUCGCACGACCGGCCGUCGACAGCCGGGGGCUCCUACAAGCAGCUUUCGCCAGGCGGCGACGCACACAGGACUCAGGAUAGCUCGGGCCCCUCCAAGCAGCAGAGUCGCCCCACCCAGCUGCUGCCCACGGAAAAGCCUUACUUCUUGGACAAGCCCUCCCCGACCCGCCUCGACGUCGACUUGGACGAGGUGACGUGGCGCCCGUCCCUGUGCAGCGUGGAGAAGGUCCUGGUGACGGACGUGACCGCCAACCUCCUGACCGUCACCAUCAAGGAGAGCAGCACUUCAAAAGGCUUCUUCAAAGACAAGAGAUGACUUACACACUUCACAAGUAUCGCACAGGACUUUAUACGGUGCUUAUUACUUGAUGUGUCGGUGUAAUAUAAUCUAUAAAGGCAAUUUAUGACAUGUACAUAGUCUAUCAAGCAGUUGGGCAGAAUGUACUGACCAAAGUAAAAUGAAGUCCUGUUCCAAUGAUGCACUGGUACAUGCAUGUUUCUUUUGUAAAAUUUGUACACUUUGACUAAUGUCAAAAUAUAACAAUACAGAUUAUAUGACUCCCCCCAACCCAGUUUAUGCUGGGAGAUAGUGGGGGGGAAUAAUCUGUUCAUAAAAAUCCAUUCUUUGGGUUGAAAUAUUUCACUGUAAUUUAAAAAAAAUUGACUUUUUUUUUUUUUUAAACUGUUCUUAAGCACUUUGUGUUGAAAGUAUUAAUCUGUUCGUGUUGCUUUCAAAGUCCAAUUUAGUUCCAAUUGUCCAGCAUUUCUAAAUGUAAAAUAAGCCACGGGUUGUUUAGGCCUAGCUGCAUUGUUUAUUUACAUUAACAUAUCUCAUUAUACAUAUUGGAAGUGGUAAAAUAACACUUGGUGUCAAACUGGUUUGAAUAAAUUAACGUUUUCACUUG